UAUCUAGCAAAUAUGUAUAAUGUAACAUAGAGGAUUUAUUUGGAAAUACGAUCUACCUAGAUGAUCACUUUUUUUUAAAUGAAGUGAACUACAUGAAAUUGAAUUUUUAGAAAAUCGAUAAAGUUCAAAGCUGAGACGUUUCGAUAGAGUGAUUCUUUUCAUGUGGAAAUGGGGAGUCGAAGCUUUACACCAAAAGAGCAGCUGGUUGCGAAUACCUGGACUAUAAUGAUCUCAGCAAAUCCUGAAGAAAGCUGGGUUAACAAAUAGCAGAGAAUAUGAUGGUCUCUCAUAUCACCUUAUUUAUUAUCAUAACCAUUUUCUUGGUUAUUUAAAAGAAAACGUUUAUCGAUAUGGCUUGGAAAGAACAACAAACUUUAAUAAAUUGAGAGAAAAAUACUACUUUGGAGUAGAAUUACAGAAGAUUGGAGACCAUCUCUGUAUUAUUUAGCUGAAAAAGGAAUCGGAGCAAAAAGCUAAAUUUAAGAGAAGACAAUUUUAUUUGGAUGAUUUUAAGAUAAAAAAACGCUUAAUAACUUUUUAUUGCCAUAUAUUCCAGGGGCUAAUAAGAUCGAAGCUUCAUGGGAACAAGAAACAAGCUGUCCUCUGAUUUGUACUUGUCACUUGGAACACCUGACGGAAACUGCAAUUUACCGUUUCAUGCGAACACAUAAAGAAAAUCCAAUAUUUGCAGAUGUAGGAAUUAACGAAAAUAAUGAGAUUCUUAAUGAGGAAACAUUAGACACUGUGGAAAUACUAGAAGAACAUGGCCAUACAAUAAUACGAUCAGCAAUAUGCAUUCUUCAAACAGAAACAGAUCCUGUAGAUCUAUUAGAAACUCUCCCGAAGAACAUAGAAAGCUUAACAAUAAUCCAAGGGUACGAAUCGGGUAACAAAACCAUCAAAAUAAGUUCUAUGAAAAAAUUUACACAGUUGGUAACUAUCGAAUUGAUCGGACCUAAUUUACAAAAUGAACCCCUGAACAGCCAUUUAAUUUGUGAGAUUGAUUCGGCAAUUGGAGACUUGAAAUAUUUGAAUUUAGAAAGAGUCUUGAUAAAAAAUUCUAAAGAACAAUUAAUGCAAGCAUUACAACAGAUAAAUGAGGAGAACAUUACUUUUGAAUAUCCUCAAAAAUUUGAUGAUAAUUCGCAUAUAACAAUCGUCCGAAAAACAAACAAUGAAGAAACGGUAGUCCCUUACGAAGUUUUUAUAAAACAAAGAGAUGUGACAGGCGAUAUGCCCAUCUUUAGGGGUUUUAAGAAGUUAUUGCUACUAAGAAUUAGCAGCUGUAAUUUACAUGAUAUUAAUUGGGAAAUGUUUGAUCGACUCCAAGAAUUACAAUAUUUAAUACUCGAAAAAAAUGGUUUAAAAUUUAUACCACCUUUUGCUUUUCAUGGGACUCCCAAUCUAAAAACACUCUCAUUAGCUCACAACAAUCUUCUAGAUAUACAAAUAACUGAUCUCGCAGGUCUAUUACACUUAGAAUAUAUAGAUUUAAGUUAUAAUAAUUUUACUCAACUUUCCGAAUUAUCAUUUCCACCAUUUCCAAAAUUAAAACUGGCGAAUUUUGCCAAUAACCCGAUAAAUACAAUAUUUUCAAAUACAUUUGAAGUUAUGAACACUACUAACUCUCUAAUAAUUGGCAGUGAGCUUAUGGCUCUUACGUUGGUUACUAAUUCCUUGUUAGGUUUGAAUCAAUUGAAAAAACUUACUUUAAACAAUUUAGAAUUAUUCGUUUUAAAAAGAGAUCUGUUUACUGGAAUGCCACAAUUAGAAGAGCUUCUGCUUACAGGUAACAUUACAAAAAUAGAAUAUGAUGCAUUUUUAGAAAUUAAACAAAUCAAAACUCUUAUACUAAGUAGUUGUCAAAUAAUGAAUAUAUCAAUGGACAGUUUUAUUGGUUUGACUAAUUUGCAACUUUUAGAUUUAUCUAAAAACCAUUUGGAGUAUAUUCCUCCUGGUACUUUUGAUCACUUAGUGAACAUAAAAGAACUAUAUCUAAAUAAAAAUAAAUUUAAACAGCUACCAAAGGAUAUAUUCCUUAAAAUUCACCCGAAAUUGAUAAGACUAAAUGAUAAUCCAUGGCAUUGUUCCUGUGAUAUGAGUGAAUGGAAGCCAAUGAUAAUUAACAAAAUCAAACAAAUAAUUGUCAAACCAUGCGACUACACCAGUGAUAAAGGUAUAUCUUGUGGAAAAGAUAGAUUUGCUUAUAAGUAUAUUUAUGAAAAUAAAAUAGCUCCUAAAUGCUCACAACCAGACGAAUUUGUAAAUUGGAACGUUUUCCACGCCAUGAGAAGAAUAUUAAGAUGUGCAGAUUACAAACCAAAACUAAGAAAACGCUUUAAAAAUUCUACAGUCACAACAGGCAACGUUGUUGAUACAACUAUAAAUGUGUCUACAAACUUAACAAAGUUGGAAAAACUCAAAUAUAAAAUUAAGAAGCAUAAACUAAUAGAUUCCAAAAAACUGAGAAAGCAUCUGAAACAAGCUGAAAAUUUUGAAACUAUUAGUGAUACAAACAACUUUGAAUCUAAUCAAAUAGAUCAAUCCUCCGAAGCGGACACAAACAACAAACAUAUCAGAUAUAAAAAAUUCAACGCAAAGAAUCAAGUUGAUAACGAAAUAAAGAAUGACAUUUAGAAAUAAAAAUAUGAGUAGUACACUAGGAGUAUGUAAAACUUUUGUUUCAUUCGCUAAUUAUUUUUUAUGUUUGCUUUCUCUCUUACAUGUCUUUUGGGCAGAAUUAUUACAUAUGCUGCUGGAUAUCAACAGUUUUUCAAUAUUUGUUUUUGAAUGUGUGAAAGGUAUUGUUAUUUCCAAACUACAUUCUGAAUUUUAACUAUUUUUUUAUUUUUCACAUUUAUAUAUAUAUAUAUAUAUAUAUAUAUAUAUAUAUAUAUAUAUAUAUAUAUAUAUAUAUAUAUAUAUAUAUAUUUAUCUGUAAUUUUGGAUAGUUAGUAGUUUUAACUAUUACUAGUUGCUUUCCAAUUCAUUAACCACUUAAUGCACAAAACAUGGCUCGAUGCUCUCAUGAACUUGGCACACAAGAAUUAAUUUAAAUAAAUUUCGUAAGUUUUGUGUCAAGUUGUCAAAUUUGAAAACGUGUCACAAAUAAUUUGUUUAUUUGUUGCCUUGUCCGAAAUACAAGAUAUUUGAUUAAUUGAUGAUAAAAUACGAAAACUUUAGAAGCACUCCCUUAAAACUAUACUUUUGACUAUUUGUACCUUGUUAGGCCCUUUUUGGUAUUCUUCAGUAAGAAAUAAUGUAUAUCCCCAAAUUUGUCUCUGAAUCCAAUAAUACAGAAAAAAUUUGUUUUUACUUACUUAAAUCGAUAUGAAUUUUAAAUAAAUACCCGCAUAACAUCAAUUCAACAGUUUGUGUUUAAAGUACAAUUUUGAAGCACAUUGAGCACAAAGAUUUAUCUGGUGUUUGAGGAUCAAGGGUAAAACGCAACUGUGUUCGACGCACAGAUCUUGAAAAGAACAUGGGUUUGAAGCAUUGCACACCCUUAUGCUCGAUUGGGUGCUCAAAUUGUGUAAUUGGAAAGCAACUUAUAACUUCUGCAUUUACAUCCAGCUUACUCAUACUUUAAAAAGAGUUUUGUUGAACUAUUCAAUGAAAAAUUUGCUACUUUCAGCACAUUGAAAUUUAUUUUGUAUAAUUGUAAACCAGCAAAAAAUAAUUAAAUAUAUAUAUAUAUAUACAUAUAUAUAUAAAUUAAUAUAAAUUUUUUUGAAUGUUACAAUUGAUAGAAAAUAGAUAUUUUGUAUUAUGAUUCUAUUUAUUAAAAUAAAAAUAUUGUAUGUGAUUUUUAUCAAGGCCUGUCUAAUAAACAUUUUAAAUU